UCAGUAUUCCAGAGGGUGUGUUUCUUCUCUCCACAGUGAGAUAAAGGCUGGAGAAGCUGUCUGGCCUGUUACCUCCCUGUGAUUGGCCUCUGGAAAGAAGGUCAGGGACACUAGACCCCCUUAUUGGCUGGAAUGGUGCAGAAGCAUGUUCUGAUUGGUGGAGAAGAAGCAGAGGGGGUUUCUUGUGUUUGUGAGGAGGAUUAAAGCCCUGAGAUCGAGUGCAGAGCCAGAAACAUACAGCUGUAUGAGAGCGAGAAGGGGCAAAGACUCGAAAUAAGAAGAACGAGGGACAAACUGAAACCGUGACAGAGAUUUGGAGAAAGAAGGAAAGAGAGACAGUCUAGAAUGAAUUGAAAGGGGGAGUAGAAGGAGAGAAAAUGAAAAAUGCAGCAGUGGAUACAGAACGAUGCAGAGGGUGCAAGUAAAAGACAGAAAGACAGAGAAAGUGAAAAGUAGAGACAGAAAUUGAAAGAAUAAAAGCAAGAGAGAGGAGAAAGUUAAAGAUGGCGAGAGGGAGAAGAUGAAAUUGAGUGAGUGUAAAAGACAACAAGAGCCAGAAAGAAAGGAGAAAGUAAAAGAUGAGAGAAAAAGAGGAAAAGAGGAGGGACAAAUGGAGAGAGAGGACAAUACAGAAAUUGACUGUGAAUAAAAGACAGUGAGAGACCAAGAAAGAGGAAGAAAGUAAGAGACAACAAAGAGUUGAGAGAGAGUUAAAGACAGCAACAGACAGAAAGAGAAAAAAGAAAGGGCAAAAAGAUAAGACUGAGACAUGAAUGAGUGGAAGAGAGAGAGAGAUGGAAGAACAAAAGGCAAGACUGAGAGAGGGAAAGAGACCUUGUGGUACUGAAGGGGAAGUCUCUCCCUCUCUCUCUCCUCCCACUUCUCCACUGUAGAGCUGUAGAUUAGCGUUGUGUGUUCUGACGCCUCGGCGUGUCUCCAGUUGUGUCAGAGAUUGUCUCCUACAUAUGGGUCACAACACGCGCACGCAACAGGAGAAACCGGACUUCUUUCCAUUUUGGGUUUUUUUUUUUUUUUUUUUUUUCUUUUGGUUGUUUUGUUUUUGUCUUUGUUUUUUUCUUUAAUUUGUCGUUAUCUCCCUUCACCUGCCUUUUCGAUCAGGUCUUAUAAGUGCGUUGGCUUGGCUCAGGACGUUCACGUCUCUUACCGUUGGACCGUGCGGAUCUUCUAAUGGAAGCCAUGGAACUGCUAGCUAGAUUGUUUCUUGAUAUAAGGGUUUGCAAAGCAGCUUAUUUUGCACCUUUUGGGUUUUGUGUGACUUUUCCAGUCAUGUUGGCAGUUUUGGUGCUUUUGUAGAGUGGUCUUCAUAUAUCGGACCUUUGUAUGAAUAAGCAGCCAUUGGUCAAAGGGUUUGAGAGAUUUCUGAGUAGUUCAACGCGGGUGAUGCUUCUAAUCAGCUGAGCAUACACAAAGACACAGGCUGGUGAGGAUAGAAGAUGGAUAUGAUGACCGCAUGUUGGAGGGGCCAGGAAGAACAGGCUGCCAAAGCAAAGGCUGAGAAAAUUCGUGUGGCUCUGGAGAAAAUUAAAGAAGCACAGGUCAAAAAGCUGGUGAUCCGCGUGCACAUGUCAGAUGAAAGCUCAAAGACGAUGAUGGUGGACGAGAGGCAGAGUGUGAGGCAGGUGCUGGACAGUCUCCUGGAUAAAUCCCACUGCGGAUACAGCCCAGACUGGGCCCUGGUGGAGACUAUAACUGAACUGCAGAUGGAGCGCAUAUUUGAGGACCAUGAGAAUCUAGUGGAGAAUCUUCUGAACUGGACCAGAGACAGUCAGAAUAAGCUCAUGUUUAUUGAACGCAUUGAGAAGUAUGCACUCUUUAAGAACCCACAGAACUACCUUUUAGGAAGGAAGGAGACUUCUGAGAUGGCAGACAGAAACAAAGAGGCGCUGCUGGAGGAGUGUUUUUGUGGUGGCUCCGUGUCGGUGCCUGAGAUUGAAGGAGUGCUCUGGCUGAAGGAUGACGGGAAAAAAUCCUGGAAGAAGCGUUACUUUCUGCUCCGUGCGUCUGGUAUCUACUUUGUCCCUAAGGGCAAGGCCAAGGCCUCUAGAGACUUGGUGUGCUUCCUACAGUUGGACCACGUCAAUGUUUAUUAUGGGCAGGAUUAUCGGAGCAAGUACAAGGCCCCUACUGACUACUGCCUCGCUCUCAAGCACCCUCAGAUACAGAAGAAGUCUCAAUACAUCAAGUAUUUGUGCUGCGAUGACGUCAGAACCCUUCACCAGUGGGUCAAUGGGAUCCGCAUUGCAAAGUAUGGGAAGCAGCUGUACUUGAACUAUCAGGAGGCUAUGAAGCGCACUGAGGCAGCAUAUGACUGGUCCUCUCUCUCCAGCUCCAGCAUCAAGUCUGGCACCAGCUCAGUCAGCAUUCCAGAGUCACAGUCCAACCACUCUAGCCAGACAGACAGCGGUGUAUCAGAUGGCACCUCAUCCACACAUGCACGCUCCCAGAGUGUAGUCAGCUCAAUCUUCUCAGAGGCCUGGAAAAGAGGCACUCAAAUGGAGGAAAGCACCAGAGUGAGACCAGAGUCAACACGUUCAAGCCAUUCUACCCACAGUGGACACAGCAUCCACUCCAGUCAUGUUCACCCUCCUCAUGUGGCUCAGCAGCAACAUGCGCAUGCAUCAGUGCAUUCACAGCAGCAAGCGCAGCAGCACACGCAGUCUGCCUCACAUCCUCGUGGAAGCAUUACUCACACCCCCGUUCAAACUCCACCCCAGCCCUCUCCAGCUCCACCACCACCGCCGCCUCCUCCACCACCACCACCCCCACCACCCCCUCCUCCAGCUUGCGUCUCCCACCACUCAGCGCCACCUAUAUUUGCAAAAUACAGUACCAUCACCCGCCUGCAAAAUGCCUCUCAGGCAUCCAAGCCACACCCCCUAGCCCAGCAAGUGCUUCCGACUCCACCCCCUCAAGCACUGAAACCCCAAGCCAACAACAUUCCUCCAGGAGCAAAUAUACCACCACCACCACCACCUCCUCCACCUGCGCCCUUGCCUGCCCCUGGUUCAGCCAUGGCCGUACUGAAACUCGGACCUCCAAGUCCAGCCCCAGUGCCUCAGUUUACCCCUCCACUUCUGCCCUCCCCACCACUGCCUGCUCCACCUCCGGCAUCCACGCAGUCCAAGACUCUUCCACUGCCUCCUCCUGCACCCAUCCAAUCCCAGCAUUUUCCGCCGCCUCCUCCUGCACCUAUACAAUCCCAACCUCUUCCACCUCCUCCACCUCCAGCAUCCAUCCAGUCCCAGCCUUUUCCCCCACCUCCACCUGCAUCCGUCCAGACCCAACCUCUCCCACCUCCCCCACCUCCUCCUCCUCUCCCUGCACCUAAUCAGUGCCAGCCUUUUCCCCCACCUCCUCUUGCGCCUGUCCAGACUCAACCUCUUCCUCCUCCUCCACCCCCAUUAUAUAUCCAAGCAGAGCUUCUCCCACCUCCCCCUCCCUCACUACAAAACAAUGGCUUGCCCCCUCCACCUCCUCCCCAACCAGUCGCGCCUCUGUUAACAUCCAAUGGCCUCAAACAUGUUCUGGCCCAGAAGUUUCCUAAUUUGCCCAGAGAUUUAUCCCCUCCAAGUGGUCAAGGUCAGUCUCCACCACCCCCUCCACCUCCUCCACCACCUCCACCUCCCACUCCUCCAGCCCCUCCUCUUCCACCGCAGCAGCCUCCUGCCCCAGCCCCACCUCCACCUCCUCCGCCUCCUCCUCCACCACCACCCCCAGCUCCUGUCCAGCAACUAGGUCCACCCCGAGCUUUGCCCAAAACCUUCACUGGAGGAUUUCCACCCCAAACCGCACCAAAGCCUGCAGGCACCAUUCUACCAGUGUCUCCAGUCGCUCCCCUUCCUCCAGCUCCUCCUCCACCACCACCUCCGCCACCUCCUCCACCACCUCUUGCAACAGUCAAGAGCCAUCCACCACCUACGCUCCCCAAGCAGCACAGCAUCUCAAAGACACUGCCACUCUUCAACCAGGCCUCUACUACACCAUCUUUGGUCAAGCAGAUUGCCAGCCAGUUCCCUAGCGUGGCUCCCACAGCCGCCAACCAUACAGAGAGCCACAAAGCCCCUCUAUCACCACCUGCAGUGAAGACUAAACCAAAAUGGCAGCCUGGUGGACUGCACCAACAGCAGUCACCGGAGUUUCCCCCACCUCCUCCAGACACCACACUUGCUUUUCCUCCACCACCACCCCCUUGUCCACCUCCUCCACCUCCUGCAUGCCCUACACCACCACCUCCUCCUCCCCUUCCGCCUACCCUGUCAGAUUCCCAGAUGAAGACCCCCUCCUUAGGGUCCUACGCAGGGAGUAAGAAGCCUCCACCAACACCUCAGCGCAGCUCCAGUGCCAAGUUCAACUCUUCAACCGCAUACCUAGAGUCCCGCCAGAAUUUGGUGAGCAAGUUCAACCCCAGUGCAGCCUCUUCUGCUCCAGUGUACUCAUCCAGUUCACCUUCCAAGGACCUAUCCACUGGACCCCCAGCACCUCCCAAACCUGGCAAGCUGAACCUGGCCAACCUGCCGCUGGCCUUGCAGAACAGAGUGGGUCAGAGCCGCCAGUCCACUGCGGAUUUUCCCUCACCUCCCCCGCCUGAGAAUAACAUCUUUCCACCUCCUCCACUUGAGUUGGACCUCCCCCCUCCACCACCACUACCAGGUGCAAGUGCUCCCAAAGUUGCCGUAGUGAACCCCCAGCCCCAGCCUCCCUGGAAUAAGAGUUCCCUGAAGAAGACCUCUGCAUCCACACUGUUCAAUCGCAACAACACACCUGAGCCACCGCCUCCGCUGCCAGGUGGCCCUGCUCCUCCAGCUUCCCCCAAAGGCAGUAGUCAGCCUAACUUUUUAGACGACCUGAACCGGACUCUGAAGCGCAAGUCCUUGCGUAACUCUGGGGCUAAGUUGGACCCUGUGGCCACCAUGGAUGACAUGGUACUGCCACCGCCUCCUCCAGAGCUUCUUCUUGACCAGCAGAGACACAGUGGGAGUGGGUACACAUCCAGCAACAUCUCUGGCUAUGCAACACUAAGGCGUGGGCCGCCCCCUGCCCCACCUAAACGGGACCAAAGCACCAAACUGACAAACUGAGAGUACUGGAACGUUCUUGCACGCUGCCUACUUUUCCCAUAUACAGGGUUUUGAAGGAUUAGCAGUCAGCGAACUUGUCUUAAACAACAUUCUCCUGUGACUUCUGUCAGUGAGAGAGUAAAGAAUGACUCUCAGGCUUUAAUACGCAUUGGUGCCGCUCAGUAUCAAAACAAAUUUAACACUAUGAUAUGAAGGAAAAUUCUGCAACAUUCUGGUACUGCAUGGACAGAAACCAAAAAAUAAUUUCAAAUUAACUUUCAAAAAGCUCCUUGGUUUUUCGAGUUGUUGAAUGUCAUGGACUUUAGGGAAGUCAUAGGGAGGACUCAUUUUGCCUUUGCUUUUUUUGUUUUGUUUUUUUUACAUAGACGUAUUAAAAAAAAUGGGAAGAGAAUUUUUUAUUUUAGGCCGAAGUUUUUAAGGAUUGACACUGACUGUUGUUCGAGGAGGUAGUAGAGGUUAGGUGUGUUUGUACAGUGAAUAUUUGGCUGGCAUAUCAUUUUCGCCUUUGCCCACAAGAGAUGGAUUGAAUAUAGUGGUCAGUGAAUGUGUUGAACGUUUACAUGGAGGGCUUCAGAAUAUUCUUGACUGUUCUUUGAGCCUACUUAGGUGAUACUAGAUAGCAGUUGUGUUAUGAAACAGAUUGCAUAAAAGAAUGGGAACUAUUUGAACAGGUGUCCAUUGGAAAAUAUUGGCCUACAAGAUUUGGGAAAUGUUUGUUAAAGGGGCAUUUAUUAGACCUGUCACAUUAAUGACGAAACGUGAAGAAGCUUGUCCUAAUGGCUUAUGGGGUCAUUCUGUGAGAUUGUGGAAUGUGUCUUAUUAUUAUUUGGACCUGUCUCUUCUACCUACACUAUUCACAUCACUGCAGUAUCUGGCUGUACACAUAAGCUGCUUUGCUUGUUUGAAUGGUCCUGCCUUCUUCUGGUAAACAUUCAGGUAUCCUGGAAACAGAUGUGCAUCUGUCAAAAAAUGGACUUUGGGUCCCUGGUGUGACCCACAGGUUGAAUUCAUGUCCUGUAACUUGAGAGCAGUGUUCCACUUGACAGCUAUAAAGGCAUCAUCGUUUGCCAAGGAGUGGUAAUUUAAAAAAAAAAGGGCCUUCUUGUUAUAUGCAUGUCAAUAUAGUGUCUUAAUGUUUUGGUUUAAUUACCAAUGACUAUUUACGAAGGGUUCUUUUUGGUCAGCAUCUGUACUGAAAUGAUCUGAACAUCCAGUAUGGUAACCACAGCUCCUUAAGAACAGAAAAUACUGGACCAUGUAAUGCCUGGAAGGGGGCAGGGAAGGUUAAGGACCAUGUGGCAAAUGUAUAAAAAUAUGCAUAUUAACUUACUCAACCAUGUAUUCCACUUGGGAGGACAUCUGUGUUUUUAAAGACUGAAUAUACAACGAAUUUGUUUCUUUUCAGGGUUGUUGACAAUGUAAACAUUAAAUUAUUGAAGUUGAUUAUCUGGUCUUGAGCCAUUGAGAGUGCUAUUGGGAACCCUCCGCUUGAAUCUCCGUGGGGAAUGACUUUUGGGGCAAUGAAGUGUCUUUGCAUUUAAAUGUAAGGUCGCAGUAUAAAUGUUAUCAUACCUCA